AUGCUGUUCUUCUUACUUGUGGCAAUUUUGCCGGCGAUCCGAGCCCAAGACCAGUAUCUUCCCACCCGCUGUGAGACCUGCGUGCUGUUGGGAAGAGAAUUUGAUGAUUAUCUUAUGAAAACGAAAAAAAGAUCGGAAACCCAUAUGGUCGAGGGAAUGGAUAAUAUCUGCAAAAAUUUGAUCGCCUACCGAUUGCACAAGGAGCACGAAGGGUUGGCCAGAUUCCAGAAGCAAGAUAGUCAAACGAUGGAGGGAUUGAAGAAGUUACGAGAACAAGGAGUUCAAGUGGAACUAGGUCUUCCUCCGGAAUUCUGGGAUCAACCAUCCGUUGAAAUCGCCGAGUUGCAACGUAUUUGUGAGACAAUCAUAGAGCAGUAUGAAGAUGUGGUUGAGACUUGGUAUUGGAAGAAGGGGUGGAAUUUCAUGGGAGAGGUCUGCCAACAUCGAGUCCUUCGUGGUGGGGAUCUCAGCUGCCUUCCCAAGCUUGACCCCGAACCUGCUAAUGAAGAAAAUGAAUUU